GCGAACAUUAGAGAAAAUCAAAACCAAUAAAACUGAGAUUUUUUUCGCUACGAUUCCUCUUCGUCUCCGAUCCUCGCCGGAGCUCUGCCGGAACCCCACCAGAUCCGGUGAGCGCCUCCUAUCCCAGAUCUAUCAAUCCUUCGGUUUGAUCUCUGAAGCUGCCGCACAGAAGUUGGGGUUUUCUAGGUGCGGCAUCUUAAUUGAGCUUGUUGGUUGCCAUCAUUGUCAGUGCUUUGACAUGGUAGUCACAGAAAAUGUGUCAGAAUGUUCUCAUGCUUUUACUCUUCUCUUUUAGCACAUAAACUUUCUUGGUUUGGUUCAAGUUAAGCUGGAGCCAGAUGCAAUUCAAUGCAGUGACCUAGCUUUCGUUCUAGCUGACAAAUCCUUCCUACAAUUACCACCGUUACCUCUAAGUGCAUGUGAAUUCCCAUCCCUUCAUUUCCAGUUUCAACUUCAGACAGCCUGGAAGAAAGCAAUAUGCGGCUUUCCUCAUCUCUCCAAGAUCUCUCAACAUACUCUACAGUUAGCACGGGAAAUGAAUUUGACCUUGAAAGAGAUAGGAGUUACAUCCAUGCAAAGCCUUUACGUAUUCUUCAAAGAGAAGGUGCUGCAUCAAGCUUUUCAAAGGAGAAGUCCUUGCCAACUAGCCCACUAAUUCGGAAGAAAUGGACACGAGGCAUUAUUUUUCUUCUAGGCAUUCUGGUGUUACUAUCGUUGGUUUACGCAGGUUUAAGAUACUAUAGUACUUUGUCAAAUGGUUCAUCCAGAUACCAUGUGAUACUUGAUUGUGGCAGCACUGGUACCCGAGUUUAUGUCUAUGAAUGGUCUGUUGAUAGAAAUAACCCUCAUGGAAAUUUACCUAUCGUCUUAAGAUCAAUACCUGAAGGCAAUCAAGGGAAAUCCACUUCACAGAGUGGUCCUGCUUACCAACGCAUGGAAACUAAACCUGGUUUUCAUAAGCUUAUACACAAUGAAACUGGAUUAAGGGGUGCAAUAAGACCUCUCCUCGACUGGGCAGAAAAACAAAUACCGAAGCAUGCACACAGAAGUACCCCUAUCUUUUUAUACGCCACAGCUGGAGUUCGCAAGCUUCCUGGUUCUGAUUCGGACUGGCUUCUGCGUAAGGCAUGGUCCAUUCUGAAGAAAUCGUCAUUUUGGUGUCAGAGAGAUUGGGUUAAAAUUAUAAGUGGCAUGGAAGAAGCAUACUAUGGAUGGAUUGCUCUUAAUUAUCACACUGGUAUGUUGGGUUACUCACCAACUAAGGGAACUUAUGGUGCCCUUGAUUUGGGCGGAUCAUCAUUGCAGGUGACCUUUGAGACUGACAAACCCAUCAGCCAUGAGAGUGGUAUAAAUCUGAGCAUUGGGACAAUGAGUCAUCAUCUUAGUGCCUACUCUUUAUCCGGUUAUGGAUUAAAUGAUGCAUUUGAAAAAUCUGUAGUGCAUCUCCUCAGAAGACUCCUAGGAACUAGUUCAUCUGGGUUGAAUAAUGACAAGAUAGAGCUUAGCCAUCCUUGUUUGCAGAAUGGUUACAGAGAGCAGUAUAGCUGUUCCCAAUGUGCUGCAUUAAGCCAAGAAGGAAGCCCUUUGAUUGGAGGGCAAGGUGCUGGAAAAGAUCGACCUGGAAUGAGUAUUGAACUUAUUGGUGCUCCUCAAUGGGAAGAAUGCAGUGCACUUGCGAAGAUUGCAGUCAAUCUUUCUGAAUGGUCAAAUUUAAAUCCUGGGAUUGAUUGUGCAGCCAAACCUUGUGCUCUUAGUAAUAGUUUACCAAGGCCUCGUGGAAUGUUUUAUGCCAUGUCUGGUUUCUUUGUAGUCUUCAAAUUCUUUAACUUAAGUUCUGAGGCCACCCUGAAUGAUGUGUUACGUUUGGGUCAGAAAUUUUGUGAAAUGUCAUGGGAGGCUGCAAAGAAUAGUGUUGCCCCACAGCCUUUCAUAGAGCAGUAUUGUUUUAGAGCUCCGUACAUUGUCUCACUUCUGAAAGAUGGAUUACACAUUGCAGAUAAUCAAGUUGUUAUCGGCUCUGGUAGCAUUACUUGGACACUGGGGGCUGCCUUAUUGCAGGCUGGACAAUCAUUAUCAGGCAGAAUUCAGCUCCGUGGCCUUAGAAUAUUGCACACAGAGAUUAAUCCAACUCUUCUCCUUGUUAUGCUCUUGAUUUCACUUUUACUUCUCUGCUGUGCAUUGUCAUGUGUUAUCAACUGGUGGCCAAGAUUUGUCCGCAGACCAUACCUUCCUCUUUUCAAGCAUAAUAGUGCUGCUACCUCAAAAAUUAAUAUUCCAACACCUUUUAGAUUCCAAAGGUGGAGUCCUAUGAACUCAGGUGAUGGAAGGGUCAAGAUGCCACUGAGUCCUACAGUUGCUGGUUCCGAGCGACAUCCAUUCAGCAUGGGACAUGGGUUUGGAGCCAGCAGCAUUCAGCUUGUCGACUCAUCCUCGCACCCAGAAGGUGUUGGUGUUUCACACAGUUUUUCUUCUAGCAGCUUAGGCCAGAUGCAGUUUGGCAAUGGGAUUGGAUCUUUCUGGGCGGCACCUCACAGAGGGCAGUCGACACUUCAAAGCCGAAGAUCCCAAUCCAGGGAGGACCUUGUUGCUUCAUUGGCAGCAGAAUCACACAAUCCGAAGACAUAAUGCACAAGAUGAACAAGCAGAUGACGAGUCCGGUAUGAGCUCUUGUUUUUGACCAGACAUGUAAAUAAUAGAAUAAAAGCAUGCGGCGUCUUUUCAAGAAAGAGAAGGCCUUUUAUAUUGUACCUUGCCAAAAGCAAAUCUCUCUUGCAGUGCUAGCCUUGUCAAUUAAUUAUCCAUUCAAACGGACUAGUUGAAGAACAAUUUGAGAAGUAAUUUUUUUUUUUUUUUUUUAAUACUCUUAGGUUGUAAGGAUUCGAAGUUCUUCUCUUAAGCAGGCAUGUGAAUUUGAGACCAGAGAGUCUGGAACUGGAAGGUGUACACUCCAGCAUCAUUUUAGAUCAUCAAUUCAUGGUUUGUGUCUCCAGGUGCUUUUGUUUUUAGGUUUUUUAAAUUGUUUGUUUUACAAACAAAAUGGAGCCCUUUUUUGGUUAGCUUUAAAUUCCUUUAUUGUAACAUUGAACAAAGUAGCUCUGAUUCGCCUACUUGACACAAUGUCUGCGCCUCUGUUUUUCUCUGUUUUGAAACACAUUGGUUUUG